CUGAUAUGUACGAGGUGAAUCCGCCAGCAUCCGAGGGUAUACUUCUUUCUUGACGCCUGUCCUCGUCUUCUUGCCCCGUUUCCCUCUUCGCUUCUCUCUCUUGCCUUCCUAGGGUUUUCCGGCGAGAGGCAGAGAUAAGGCGUCCGAUGGCCGGAAUUCGGUGGCCGCCGGAGGACUCCGAGAUGCUCCCGCCACGUCCGCCGACCACCGCCGACCUGUUCUCGGACGACGACCGGUCCGUGGCUGCGGACUCCUGGUCCAUAAAGAGCGAGUACGGGAGCACGCUGGAUGACGAGCAGCGCCACGUCGACGCCGCCGAGGUCCUCGCCGGCGGCAACUUCGCGGCCGCAGCCUCCGAUUACAGUUCUGAUAAGGAUGAGCCAGAUGCCAGCGAGGUUGAAACGUCAAUGUUGGGCUUUCAGAGCUACUGGAAUGCUUCUUAUGCAGAGGAUCUUGUGAAUUUUCAUGAACAUGGCCAUGCUGGCGAAAUUUGGUUUGGUGUUGAAGUCAUGGGUACUGUUGCAACUUGGACUAAAAACUUGUGUGAGAACAUGUCCCAAGGUCGGAAUGUGGCUGAUGACAGCAAUUUUAAAUAUGAAUCUAGUGAAGCCUUCAAAGACUUGUCCAGCUGUAGUGUGCUUGACAUUGGAACCGGAAACGGUCUGCUUCUGCAAGAGCUUGCGAAACAAGGGUUUUCUGAUUUGACAGGAACUGAUUACAGUGAAGGGGCAAUCAGCCUUGCACGAAACCUUGCUAUCCGUGAUGGAUUUCCCCAAAUAAGCUUCUUGGUUGAUGAUGUUCUGGAGACCAAAUUGGACAGAAAAUUCCAUGUUGUGAUGGACAAAGGCACAUUAGAUGCCAUUGGGUUACAUCCAGAUGGCCCUGUCAAAAGGAUAAUGUAUUGGGAGUCGGUAUCAAACUUGGUAGCUCCUGGCGGGAUAUUGGUGAUCACAUCAUGUAACAACACCAAAGAUGAGUUGUUGCAAGAGGUGGAAAACUUCAACAAAAGAAGGCGUACUGCCGAGGAACUGGACCAAGAGGCAGGCAGUGGGCCUGCUGUCUUUGCGUACCUCGAUCAUGUCCGAUCAUAUCCUACCAUUAUGUUUGGUGGGGUGGAAGGGUCCCGCGUGUGCACUGUUGCAUUUCUUCGAAAUUGAAUCUGGAAACAGUUUAUGAGUUUUCCAAUUAUUCGCGGAGCAGGGGCUGCUGUUUUGACUUGGAAUACCCACUACUUUUAUCGCUUCUUGCUUUCUGGUUUGAACAAUAGCAGCAGAGAUGAACAUGUUUUAAUUUGGGUUGAUGAUUGGUGAGGGGAACACUGAACUGAUAUUUUACUUCUUCUAUGCUUGAACUGUUCAUUUGGAUUUUUAGUUGUCAUUGAAGACAUUUGACUGCCUAUCUAGUAUAGAUUUUUUUUUUUCCU